AUGCCUAAUGGGAUUGAUUUAGCACAAGCUUUCAUGUUAGUCUUGGGUGGUGAUGCCUUAGGAUCUGUGGGUGAAGAGAUGAGUAUGGAAAACCUAGAGACCGAACUGAAAAUACAUGUCCAGAAAUUGAUGGUGAAAGCUCAGGAAUUGAUUGAGAAGACACCGCCAAAUCAACUUUAUGCUGCCAUUGCAGUAAUCAUAUUCACUGUGCUUCUGUUUAUAAUCCUUAGACUUUUCAAACGUGAAUCUUCUAACACCAUUGUUCUUACGGGGCUUAGUGGAAGUGGGAAGACUGUUCUUUUUUACCAACUUCGUGAUGGCUCCUCACACCAAGGUACCGUGACAUCUAUGGAACCCAAUGAAGGCAUUUUUGUGUUGCACUCUGAGACUAUUAAGAAGGGUAAAAUAAAGCCUAUUCAUGUUGUUGAUGUACCUGGGCAUUCUCGCCUUCGAACGAAAUUAGAUGAUUAUGUGCCUAAAGCAGCUGGUAUUGUAUUUGUUGUCGAUGCUGUCGAAUUCCUACCAAAUUGCCGUGCUGCUGCAGAGUACCUCUAUGAAAUUCUGACUAGUGCAAGCGUUGUGAAGAGAAAAAUUCCGCUUCUUAUCCUUUGCAACAAGGUGGAAAAAGUCACAGCUCACACAAAGGAAUUUGUUAGGAAGCAGCUGGAGAAAGAAAUUGACAAACUUCGGGCAUCAAGAACUGUUGUGUCUGAUGCGGAUGUUACUAAUGAGUUUACACUUGGGACCCCGGGGGAGACAUUCACCUUUUCCCAGUGCCUUAACCAAGUGACAAUUGCUGAGGCUUCUGGCUUAACCGGAGAUGUCUUGCAGCUGGAAGACUUCAUUAGGGGUGUUGUGAAGCUGUGA